CUGUCGUUUCAGAGCACAUUAACAGAGGUGCAGUUUGGACCAAUGAAGCUCUAUGAAGAUCAGCUGCAGGUGCUGUUAGUGUUUGCCAAAGACGAUGCUCAGAGUCACAGCUUCUGCUGGGCGUGUGAACGCGCUGGUUUCAGGUGUAAUGUGGCCCGAACGCCAGAAGCGGCGCUGGAGAGUUUCCAGGAGAAGAACCACGAUCUGAUCAUCAUCGACCACAGACAUUCCAGAUACUUUGACGCUGAAGCGCUCUGUCGCUCAAUUCGAGCCAUCAGCUGCUCUCACAACACUGUGAUUGUUGCUGUAGCGCGUGAGAGUGAGCGAGAUCAUUAUGAAUCGAGGGUGUUUGUGUGUUUGUCGUCACAGCGAUAUGUGGAGAACUCCAACAUGAUGGCCUGUUAUAACGAACUCAUCCAGCUCCAUCACGGAGAAAUACGAGCUCAGAUCAAACUCAGAGCUUGUAAUGCUGUUUUUACUGCACUGGAACAGAGUCAGGAUGCCAUUGAGAUCAGCAGUGAAGAUCAUAUCAUACAGUACGUCAAUCCAGCGUACGAGUGCAUCAUGGGAUACCAGCGUGGAGAACUGCUGAAGGAAAACACUGAAGUGCCUAAGAGUGAAAAAAACAAACCAGACCUGCUGGAUAACAUCAGCUCCUGCAUCCACAGAGGGAAAGAGUGGCAGGGGGUUUAUUAUGCCAAAAAGAAGAACGGAGACAGUGUGCAGCAGAAUGUGAAGAUGAUGCCUGUCAUUGGACAGGGAGGUAAAAUCAGGCACUGUGUGUCUGUUAACAGGCCUUUAAAUGACCAUAACAAGACAGAAAAGUCCUGUGAGCGAGUCCAGGCCGAAUCACAGACAGCUAUUCAGCAGUCCAGCAAACAUAAGGACCGAAGGAAAGGAUCGCUGGACGUUCGCUCGACGACCUCUAGAGGAAGUGAUGGAAGUUCUCAGAGGAGACACUCGUCUAUGGCCAGAAUCCACUCCAUGACUAUUGAAGCUCCCAUCACUAAGGUACACGAGAGUGUUGGUGUAUGUGUGUUAUUGGACCGUGUGCUGGAGAUCCUGCGGACGACAGAGUUAUACUCUCCUCAGCUCGGUACUAAAGAGGAAGAUCCUCACACCAACGACCUGGUGGGCGGAUUGAUGACUGACGGACUGCGCAGGCUAUCAGGAAACGAGUACAUCUUAGCCACAAAACAGCUGCAUCACAUCCCAGGUCAUCUGACCACACCACUGUCCCUAAACGAUAUCCCACCAUGCAUUGCUCAGACGAUGGAAAACGAAGACUCGUGGGACUUUGAUAUUUUCAACCUGGAGUCAGCUACCAUAAAGCGGAUCAUUGAGACCAAUUAUCACUUCAGCAACUCCUACCACAACUCCACACACGCCGCAGAUGUGCUCCACGCCACCGCAUACUUCCUGCGCAAGGAGCGCGUCAAGCAAAGUCUGGACCCCAUAGACGAGGUGGCGGCUCUGAUCGCGGCUGCCGUGCAUGAUGUCGAUCAUCCUGGACGGACAAACUCCUUCCUGUGUAAUGCAGGAAGUGAACUAGCCAUACUGUACAACGACACAGCCGUGCUGGAGAGUCACCAUGCCGCACUGGCCUUCCAGAUCACCACGCGAGACGACAAGUGCAACAUCUUCAAGAACAUGGAGAGGUACACGCUAUUCAUUCCCUCAAUGAAGAUGUUAUGGAUGGCCAUAUUCGCUGUUGCGCUCUAUAAGUAGAGCGUUGAUUGCUUGUUGAUGUCAGUCACUGCAGAUGUUCUGAACUUUCCUCUUGUUUUAGUGCAGUGGUUGAUUGACAGGUGAGCAGGUUCAGGACGCGUGUGUGUGUC